AUGACCGCCGCCUCCCGAAACCCCCCUCCCGUUGAGGGAGCAAGGCCUCCCCUCGCCGAGGGCAGCAGCAGCCACGACGACACGGCCGCUCGGGAGCAAAACACGACCCAAGACGCGCCCGGAUGCUCCAUCUGCGGCGAGCCCUGGACGCGAGCGCCCUCCCCGCCGCGCCGGCUGCCCUGCGGGCACGAGUUUCACGGCGCCUGCAUCGACCCCUGGCUGCUGGGACACUCGCGGACCUGUCCCCUCUGGCCCCAAGCUAACGGCGUCGUGGGGGACGAACUUGCAACGACGCAGCCGCGGCAGAGUGGCACCGCUUUCCUGCUGCCCGUCGGCGCUUCCCGCGCCGUCGCCAUCGCCGUCCGUCGUCGUUGCGCCCUCGCGGUGGAAUGUGCUCCGACGAGGAGGGCCGCGGGAUGUCCUGGCCUUGACGAGCAUCCCCAGCAUUCGGUCUCAGGGGUCCGGGGCGACGUGGGCCGAGAGGAUCACCGUGCUGCCGCUGCCGCUGCCGCUGCCGCUGCCGCUUCGGUCGCUCAACGAGACGGCAGAUGUAGACGCGGCUCCUCGGCCUGGCGCGCCUUAGGACGGACGCCGGUCUAG